ACGCCCAGUGCAGCGCCUGGCAGCGGUGGCGGGGGAGACGGAGCGCUGAGGAGAGCCGAGCCCGCGGCCGGGAGGCCCGGUGGCGAGGGCGCUUCUCCGCCCGGGAGUGGGACGCCGCGGUCCCCGGCUCUUCUCCAGAUAGUUUGCUGAGAAGUUUGGGCAGAGCAGCCGCAGGGUGAGGCUUGGCGUUGGUUCCUCAAUGAGAACUUAAUAGAAGUAUUUUAAAAGAAUACUCUACCAUGGCCUCAGCAGUCAUUAGCUCUGUUCUCACCACUGCUUCUCGUUUUGCCCUGUUACAAGUAGACAGUGGCAGUGGUUCUGAUUCUGAGCCUGGAAAAGGCAAAGGUCGUAAUACUGGAAAGUCUCAAACUCUGGGAAACAAAUCAACUACAAAUGAGAAAAAGAGAGAGAAAAGAAGAAAAAAGAAGGAACAGCAACAGAGUGAAGCAAAUGAGCUCAGGAAUCUAGCUUUUAAGAAAAUUCCCCAAAAAUCCUCUCAUGCCAUUUGUAAUGCUCAACAUGAGCUUUCAUCGUCAAACCCAGGACAGAAGGAGUCACGAGAAGAAAACUGGCAAGAGUGGAGACAAAGAGAUGAACAGCUGACAUCUGAAAUGUUUGAAGCAGAUCUUGAGAAGGCAUUGUUGCUAAGUAAAUUAGAAUAUGAAGAGCACAAAAAGGAGUAUGAAAAUGCUGAUAAUGCUUCAGCUCAGUCAAAAGUUACGAAUAAAAAAGAUAAAAGAAAGAAUCAUCAGGGAAAGGAUAAACCUCUCACAGUAUCACUAAAAGAUUUUCAAUCUGAAGAUCACAUUAGUAAAAAGACUGAGGAAUUGACUUCUCAGACUUUUUCACAUGAUGGAGGAUUCUUCAAUAGACUGGAAGAUGAUGUUCAUAAAAUUCUUAUUAGAGAAAAAAGAAGAGAACAGCUUACAGAAUAUAAUGGAACAGAUAAUACUGCUCAUGAACACAACCAGGAAGUGGUUCUAAAAGAUGGAAGAAUUGAAAGACUAAAGUUGGAACUUGAAAGGAAAGAUGCUGAAAUCCAGAAGCUGAAAACUGUGAUCACUCAGUGGGAGGCAAAGUAUAAAGAAGUAAAGGCAAGAAAUGCACAAUUACUGAAAAUGCUUCAGGAAGGUGAAAUGAAAGAUAAGGCAGAAAUACUUCUGCAAGUUGAUGAAUCACAAAGUAUCAAGAAUGAGCUAACUAUACAGGUGACUUCACUUCAUGCUGCAUUAGAACAAGAAAGAUCGAAAGUGAAAGUAUUACAAGCAGAAUUAGCCAAAUACCAGGGUGGCAGAAAAGGGAAAAGAAACUCUGAAUCUGACCAGUGUAGGUGAUUGCAUUAGCCUUGACACCAGCCCAAAAGUUAAAACUUUCAGGAUUUUGCAAAUAUGUAUAUAUUUAAUGUUGUGCAACUGCUAAACUAUGCAGUUUUUGUUGAAGGAACUAAAAGCAAGUAGCUCACUAACAGUCUAAUUUUGUGUUCUUUUGGCUUAAAAGUGAAAAGAAGAAAUACAGAAUUCCAGCAGAACUCAUGAUUAUUGUUUACUAUCCAUACAUACUUCUUACCACUUUAGUUUUUCAUCAGUCAAUAAAUUCAUUUACUCUUCCA